UUCCUUACUCUGCCCGUGAAGAGAGAGAGAGAGAGAGAGAGAGAGAAGGGGGGAAGAAUGGCGUCGCGCCUCCUCGCCCGAUCCAAAGCCCUAGCGCUCGCCCUGUCCCGCGCCGACGCGGCGGCGCCGGGGCCCGCCGCCGGAGUGCAGUGGCUCCGCACGCUGUCCUCCCUCCCCCGCGAUCCGGCCGCCGCCGCCUCCCCCGCCCCCGCGCCGCGCCAACCCGCCGUGGGGUCCCCUCUCGGCCUCUCCAAGAUUCCAGGAUAUGAACAGACAUCUCGACUCAGUGGUACACAAGUAUUGCCUCGUUGGUUUUCUACUGGAACAUCAAAUGGAUCUUCUGCUCAGCAGGAGGGAGCCACCAGAAAGGUAAUGGCAUUCAGCCCAUUAGAAGCAAGCAUCGCCAAACCCAGAAAAGGUCCAUUGACAUCUGAAAGCUGGAAAGUGAAGCAGACAGAGCUACUAACACGAUCUACGUAUUACAUGAUCCCAACUCUGCUUCUUGUAUCAAAGAACAGCAUCAGUACGUCUCUUCUGGUCGCAUCAGUAUUCCAUCAAGUCUACAUGUUCUACAAGGAGAUCCUUCUGGACUAUGUCCAUCACGAUAUCACCAGGAAGUGGGUUUUCAUAUACUUCAAGAUUCUCCUGAUAAUCAUGGCCAAGGAAACAGUUGUCUACUUCGAUUUAUUUUAAGUUCAUGGUAGUUUCUUGAGAGACGUGUUAGGCACCCAUCUGUACACUGAAAAUAAUCAAGAUGGACAAAUGCCUGCUGCUGGUUUCCUCUGUUCUGCAGUUCCAACUUGCUAUCUUUUUCUGAUUUUGGCUGAACUGAUUUAAGGCCAACUAAGGCACCAAACAAUGUAUUUCUUCAAGCAACGAUCAGUUUGUCCCUAAAACCUUAGAUUGAAAAAGUCUCCUGAUUUUGUAAUAAUGGUAUAUAUCAACCUUGAGUUCUGUUAAUUUCUCGUCUUCUGGAAUCGCUCCCAGUUGUCGUGUUUUGCAGUAAUAUAUGAGCUACUGUUAGUCUA